AUGCCUCUGUCGGUGGAACAACACUGCGUGGAGGCGGCCUUCGUCGUCGCGCUGGCGGUCUCCACCGCCGCCCUCCACUACGCCCACGGCUUCUCCCCGGCCUUCGCGAGCUUGGCCUCGUCGGAGCACGCCGCCGCCGUCGCCGCCGCCACGAACGGCCCGUUCUACAACUACGUCUGCCUCCUCGCCGCCGCCGCCGCGGCCUACGCCGCCGCCCGAACUGCCGCCGCCUACGCGGCCGCCGCCGCCGCCCUGCCGAAGUCGUCGCAGGGGGCGGCAGCGCGGCGGGCGGCGCUCGCGCUCUGCCUGCCGGCGGUGCUGCUCGUCUGCUACGUCGGGGCGGGCUACCCUAGGUUGGGCGACACGGUGAUGGCGAGGUGGGUGGCGGCGAACUGGGAACGAAACGGCGAGAGGGACCUGAGGUGGUGCGGGAGGCUCUUCGCCCUGCUGGCCUGCUGGCAGGCGGUGCUCGCGGUCGCUGUCGCGGCCUGCCGGGUGCUGGCCGGACUCGUGCUCUUACCGUGGACAUCGGACGAAGCCUCCGGACGGGAUAGUAAAAGCCCUAGCGUCAGCGGCAAGCAGGAGCAGGAGGAGGGGGAGGCACGGAACGGCUGCGGUAGUUCGGUCAAAGAGGGGAAGCCACGCGGGGCGGUUCGUAAGGACGAUCGAGCACAGUCGAGGCCUGAAGGAAGGGGCGGAGGAGCGCCGGGGUGGGAGAAGGAGAGGACGGGAUGA